UUGUUUUGCCUUCUACACCUGUCAAAAGCAAGAAACAAAACAUUUCAGUGUCAGAGGUUUUGUUAUUAAAAAAAUUAUAUUUGAACUGGCCGAAAACUGAAUAUAAUCACUUAAGUCCUAAUGGACGGGCACGUCGCCACAGAUGAUUCUACCCAAGGGAACUCUAGACAUGUCUCACAAAACGCCCAGAAAGAGAAAACUCGAGUAAGAGGUAGCGGUGAUGCUAGUGAAAUUCAAAGAGAAGGUGGACCACCUAAUAUGAGGGAUGUUCCAAUCCUAACCGCAAAUAUAACUGCCGAUAUGAUAAGGCAAGAACAGGAGGAAGAAUUGAAAUAUGGAGCUACACAUGUUAUGAAACUUUUUGCACCGGUUUCGUUAUGUAUGAUGGUAGUAGUAGCAACAAUUAAUACUGUGAACUUUUACUCAGUAAAAGAUAUUUAUCUGGUAUAUACACCUUUUCAUGAGGAAAGUCCAGAUACAAGCACCAAAGUUUGGAAUGCUGCUGCAAAUUCUUUAAUACUUAUGUGCGUUAUAGUUGUUAUGACAGUCCUUCUUAUAUUCUUAUAUAAGUAUAGAUGUUAUAAGAUCAUACAUGGAUGGCUCAUAGUUUCUUCUUUGAUGCUUUUGUCAAUUUUUUCAUAUCUUUAUUUGGAGGAAGUUUUGAGAGCAUAUGAUGUACCAAUGGAUUAUCCAACAUUACUUUUUGGGAUGUGGAACUUUGGAAUUAUGGGAAUGAUCUGUAUACACUGGCAAGGUCCAUUGAAAUUGCAACAGGCUUAUCUUAUUUUCAUUGCUGCUCUCAUGGCAUUAGUAUUUAUCAAGUACCUACCAGAAUGGACCACUUGGGCUGUACUUGCAGUGAUAUCAAUAUGGGAUCUUAUUGCCGUUCUUAUGCCAAAAGGACCUUUAAGGAUUCUAGUUGAAACUGCACAAGAAAGAAAUGAACAGAUAUUCCCUGCUCUGAUAUACUCAUCAACGUACAUGUAUACCACAUUGGCAGCAACUGAUGAAACAUCGCGGCGGCCAUCUACUAAUACCAAUGAGGAUGGUGGUUUCCCACCUGAUUUUGCAAACACCUAUGAUGAAAGAGCGAGUAACAGAAGAAGAGUUGAUCCUUCUAAUGUAACUCAGAGGGAGGCUCCAAGAAUAUCUAAUAGCGAAGUGUUUAUAGGAGAGGAAGAGAGAGGUGUGAAAUUAGGUCUAGGAGAUUUCAUUUUUUACAGCGUUCUAGUUGGAAAAGCUAGCUCUUAUGGAGAUUGGAAUACAACGUUGGCAUGCUUUGUUGCCAUAUUGAUUGGCCUCUCCUUGACACUGCUUUUACUGGCUAUUUUCCAGAAGGCACUUCCAGCACUGCCAAUUUCUAUAACAUUUGGACUGAUAUUUUAUUUUGCCACCAAAGAAAUUGUUAGCCCAUUUUCAGAUAGUUUGUCAAAUGAGCAAGUAUUUAUUUGAUUCGAAUAUUGUUGGCUUGUUCUAUCUAAUAAACCAAUAAUUUUGUAAUAACUAGUAUUUAUGUCUAAUUUAUGACCUCCUGAUCUAUCUCUAAUGAAUCAUUUUUGUAGAAUAACUCAUUUUCGAAGUGUAUCAAUAAAAAAUUUCAAAGA